CAGUUCACCCGCGCCACCCUGUCACUUGUCACGCCAUUCGCCAAACAAACGUUCGCUUUUUUUGUUAUGGAAAAGAUCGGCUGCUGAGAGGCUGCGCCCUGACGAUGAUGGCCGGUAAUAUGUCGAACAACGUGGAGAAUUUGUCGCCGCAAACGAUCCGAAUGGUGGCGCGCGAGAUGCAAGAGCUGGCCAACAGCCCCCCGGAGGGCAUCAAGGUGCAGGUGAACGAGGAGGACAUCACUGACAUCCAGGCAAUGGUUGAGGGCCCCGCAGGUACCCCCUACAGCGGGGGCAUGUUCCGCGUCAAGCUGUCACUCGGCAAAGGAUUCCCGACGGAGCCCCCCAAAGCCUACUUUUUCACCAAGAUUUUCCACCCGAAUGUGGCGCCCAACGGGGAGAUCUGCGUCAACACGCUGAAGAGGGACUGGAAGUCGGAUCUCGGACUCAAACACAUCCUGCUGACCAUCAAGUGUCUGCUGAUCGUGCCCAAUCCGGAGUCGGCGCUCAAUGAGGAGGCGGGCAAACUGCUGCUGGAGCACUACGACGACUAUUUCCAGCGGGCGAAAAUGAUGACCGAAAUCCAUGCGCAGCCCCACAAGAGCAAAGCGUGCGCCCCCGAGGGGCCGCAGGCCAAAAAGGCGGCCACCGACAAGAAGCUGGCCGCCGACAAGAAGAAGGUCCUCAAGGAGAAGAAGCGCACGCUGAAGCGCUUAUGAGAGGUGUGUGUGUGUUGAUAUGUGUAGAUUUUGUAUUAAGUGUGCCGCCCCCACAGGGGGGCGGCGGCCAUUUUCGUGCAAUCCCAUUGAUUUGUGCGUGCGAUUACGAUGAUUUUUAUUUAAUUUUAAUAAAACGUGAUUGAUUCUGAACAAAA